AUGCCUUUUGUAUCAGCAAUAAUUAAUAAAUAUGUAAAUAAACGUCAUACAAAAUGGCUUCCUUUAGCUUUAAUUUUUCUUUAUACUUUUGUUAUUUUUUGGUUUGGAAGGCUUUCAGCACAAAUUGGAAUGUUGGAAAUUAAUUCUUUUUUAGCUAUUAAAAAUCAAGUUCCUCCAAUUGAAUCUCCUGUAAUUUUGCCUUCAACUUAUUUGAUGGUUUUGAUUAUGACAAAAGCAGAGAAUUUAGAAUUACGCAAUACAAUUAGACAAACAUGGCUGCGUUUAUCCACAAAAACUCCAAAUCUUUAUAUUCAUAAAUUUGUGAUUGGAAUGGAUGGAGUUAAAAAUAAUCAUUUUAUGGAGGAAGAAAUGAAUAAACAUUCAGAUUUGCUGUUGGUCAAUUUAACUAAUGAAUCUUAUAAAAAUUUGGCAAAGAAGACUUUAAUGGCUUUUAGUUCAGUUUCUGAGCAAUUCAAAUUUGACUAUCUACUCAAAGUCGAUGAUGACAGUUUUGUAAGACUUGGUGCUUUAUUAAACGCAUUAAAAGAUAUUGAACAACAUCCGUUACUUUAUUGGGGUUUUCUUGAUGGACGUGCAAAACCUAUGCGUGGAGGGAAAUGGGCAGAGAAUGAAUGGCGUUUAUGUGAUAGAUAUUUGCCUUAUCAGCUUGGUGGAGGUUAUAUUCUAGGCCAAAAAUUAGUUGAAUAUAUUUCAAAAAAUGCUCAUCUUUUUCAACUUUAUCGAAAUGAAGAUGUUUCUGUUGGUGCAUGGUUGGCUGGUUUGAAAGUUCGUUACGUGCAUGACCCACGAUUUGAUACUGAAUGGACUAGCCGUGGAUGCAAUAAUGAAUAUUUGAUAACCCACAAAAAGUCUAUGAAUGAAAUGCAGACAUUAUUUAAAAGUUUAUCAUCUUUUGGUGUUUUGUGUUAUCCGAGCGAAUAUCGUCUUCGUCCAUCUUACAUUUAUGAUUUUUCCAAAUUACCAAGUGAAUGUUGUACAAGAAGAAAUGGAUCCAAAAUUCCCUGAAAAUUAAUCUAGUUUUCUUUUUUAAUAAUUUUUAAAUUAAUUUUUAAACUAAUUUUUGGUUCUGGUCCAAUUUAUGAGUCCUUUGUCAAAAGUUGAGUUCAAGGCGGAGUUGUUGGUAUUUAGUGGGCCAAGCAGGGAUGUGCCGAAACAGAUUUUAAAAAUCGAAAGAAAAAACACCAAAAAACGAA